AUGAACUACUCUGUGUAUUGCAGUAGUAAUGAAUGUCCUUUAAUAUUGAUGUGUAUUCUACGACUCCUGGCAUCAAACGAUGCUCAAUUGCAACCAAACUUUUAUGCGAAGAGCUGUCCUAAAGCAGAGAAGACCAUUCAAGACUAUGUCCAAAAGCACAUUCCAAAUGCUCCAUCUCUUGCCGCUGCCUUAAUUAGAAUGCAUUUCCAUGAUUGUUUUGUCAGGGGUUGUGAUGCUUCAGUGCUCUUGAAUUCAACUUCGAGUACAGGAAACCAGACCGAAAAAGUAGGAAUUCCUAAUCAAACACUGAUGAGAGGUUUCGAUUUCAUUGAUGCUGUGAAGAAAGUAGUUGAAGCUGAAUGUCCUGGAGUAGUCUCUUGUGCUGAUAUCGUUGCAUUGGUUGCUAGAGACUCUAUUGUGGUCACUGGAGGCCCUUAUUGGAAUGUGCCAACGGGGAGAAGAGAUGGAAGAAUCUCUAACUCUUCUGAAACCACAGAUAUUCCAGCUCCAUUCAAUAACUUAUCUAGUCUCCAUACUUCUUUUGCUAAGAAGGGCCUUGACCUCAAAGACUUGGUUCUAUUAUCUGGUGCUCACACCAUUGGAAUCUCUCAUUGCUCAUCAUUUUCAACACGUUUAUACAAUUUCACUGGAACUUUUGGUACUCAAGAUCCAUCUUUAGACAGUGAAUAUGCAGCUAACCUUAAGGCCAAAAAAUACAAAUCACUCAAUGAUAACACAACAAAAGUUGAGAUGGACCCAGGGAGUAUCAGGACAUUUGAUCUUAGCUAUUACAAGCUUCUACUCAAAAGGAGAGGCCUCUUCCAAUCUGAUGCUGCCUUGACAACAAGUACUACAACAAAGUCAUACGUCAAUCAACUCGUCGACGGAUCACUCAAAGAGUUCUAUACUGAAUUUGCUCAGGCAAUGGAGAAAAUGGGAAGAAUUGAAGUUAAGACAGGCUCUGCUGGUGAAAUUAGGAAGCACUGUGCGGUUGUGAAUAGUUAAGAGUAGUCUUUGUUUCAUUUUCCUUUUUUGGUUCUACUGCUUAAGAUUUUGUGCUGGUAUUUGGACGAGCCCUUUGUGAAGAUGGUUUGGGCCAAUAUGUAUCAUGUUCC